GCUAUUUUUGAGCAUACUGAAAAGCUUCGUGCCUCCCCGCACGCGCUGGCUCUGACUUGAACUGCUAUUUCUUUUCCUGACUCGUGUUUUCAUCGCCAUCAUGACAAUCAACCAUCUUUUCCUGCUCGUCACUCCCGCACGCCUACCGGCUUUGCGCACCUUCUACCGAAACCUGCUCCAGCCGGUGGGCUACACAGAGAUGAUCGUUGCAAAUAAUGACACCCUCAUUGGAUACGGGAGCGACUAUCCAUAUCUUUGGUUGAAAGCCUUGCCGGAAGGGCAGACUCCAGUCCCGACCCAUAUCGCUUUCGACGCACCAAAUAACGAGGCUGUGAAUGCAUUCCAUGCUGCUGGACUGAAGGAGGGAGGCAAAGACCAAGGCGGACCAGGUAUCCGUCCUGAGAUGAGCCGUCAGCCCUAUUAUGCGGCGUUCAUCAUUGAUCCAGAAGGAAAUAACAUCGAGGCUGUUUGCGUGGACAAGAAAGGGAUAAGGAAAGCUAAUGGGGCUUGAAAACGUUCAAAUUGGGUUUCUGGAGUUGUGUAAAUACGCUCCUCUUAAACUUCGUCCUGGGACUCGAUUUCGAUCUCUCUAGACUGAUUAUGUACGACUGAACGGAUCUUCUCUAAGAUAGGGCUAGGCUAUACGAUGCGCUUUCGGCAAUUUCUGGCGUCUGACUUGCAACAUGAACGCCGCAUACACCUACAUGACCUCUCUAGAUUUAAUUCGGAUCUAGAUGCUCGCCUGUGUGUCUAGACCCACAGCACAUGCUCGCAAGCUCCUUCAGUGCUCUAGUACGUGCCUCGUUUGGGU